AUGGCCUCAAGAACACUCCGGGUCGCUCAGGAUUCGGACGGGCAAAAACCAGACUUUAUGGUUGGUUUUGACCAGGCAGUGGAACGUUUUACGGUUGUUGACGGUGCCCUUUACCGAUGUUUCUUCGAAUCUCCAGCAUUGCCAGAAGAUGAAAUCCGGCUGCCCCAGGGUGGAAAAAUUGUCUUUGUAUCUAAUGUUGUCAUGAUCAUGGCUACCUCGCAACUCUCCUCGCACAGACAGCCACAGGCUUUGAAUGAGGAUCUUGAUGUCCUUCCCUUCGCCAUCGUUGAGUUAGAGCAAGCCCACGAGUCCUUCCCAGAUGUUCAUCUGCAGUUCGAGCCCUCCCCAAGCAAGCUAUUGCAGUUCUUGACUAGGCUCCAGCGGAAGCACCACUACAUCGAGCAGUGA